CGCGCAUCUUCUUCUCCCCCUGCGCUUCUUCUCUCUCCUGCGCCGCUGAGCGGCUUCUUCUCUCUCCCCUACACAUCUUCCCCUUCGCCUUCGCAUAAAAACAACCAAACUUUCAAAGCCUGCUGCUGCUGACGCAAAGUCCGCAGCUGCCUAGUCAUAGCCAUCACUGCCGCUAACGCGAAGUCUGUCGCGGCCAUCACCGUCAAAGAUUUUCUCUUCUUCGAAGAUAAUGCCUCUGAAAGAGAAAUACUGUGACACCCUGAUGAAAAGGAAUGAUCAUCAAGAUAUUAUCAGCAACCUCCCUGAUAGUCUAAGGGAAACCAUCUUAAAUUACUUGCCUCUUCAAGAUGCCGUAAGGACGAGUGUGCUCUCAAGUAAGUGGAUGUACACGUGGACUAAAAUUCCACAUCUUUAUUUUGAUGGGGCAAUCUGGCCUGAAUCAAGUGGUGGUGAUCAAUUGGAGCUUCAAAAUGAAUGUGUUAGGAGGAUAUUUCAUGUUUUGCUGCAACAUGAAGGUCCUAUAACCACGUUGUAUCUUUCAAUUCCUGAUCUGGAAAUUUACUCUGAGAUAGACAACUUGAUGUUUCUGUUGUCCAAUAGUGAUGUUGAGGAACUCACACUUUUAUUUUGGUCUGGCCAUUAUAAGCUGCCUUCAACAUUUUUCAAGUGUCAGAGACUAAAAUCUUUGUGCCUAUAUUGCUGUUUGGUUCACCCACCUUCUGACUUCAUUGGAUUUAGUCAGCUUCUCACCAUUGACAUGUACAAUGUUGCCAUUGGUUCACAACAACUUGAAAGCCUCAUUGCUUGUUGCCCACUACUUGAACACCUGAAGCUAGAAAAUUUUUCGGAAUAUGAAGCUCUUGAGAUUCAGGCUCCUAAACUUAAGUAUUUUAAAUUCAUUGGUGAACUGAAAUACGUUUGUUUCAAGAGCACCCCACUACUCGAGGAGGUUGUUAUUCUUAACGAUUCACAUAUUCAAAUAGUGGAAGAAAGUUCUUUAUGCAGGGAAUCUAAUCUUAUUGCGCUAUUUGGAUCUCUUCCAGCGCUUAGUGUUCUACAUUUCGACACUCACUUCAUUCAGUUUUCAGCUACAAGUGAAGUCCUAAAAAGACCUAGUCUAACUGCUGUGCACCUUAACACUCUUAAACUUGAGGGAAUAUGUUUAGAGAAAAUGGGGGAGAUGACAGGUGUACUUUUCAUUGUUAGAAUCUCACCAAACUUGCAAGACAUCACAAUUCGACUAUUUAAUUUUACUGUUGCUGCUGACCAAAAUCCUUCUCUCGAGUCACUGAAUGUUAAAGAGUACUUAGACUCGACAUUAGAUCAUCUGAGGAGGGUAGAGUUGAAAGGUUUUACUGGUACAAGGAACCAAAUGGCGCUUGCAAAGCUUCUUCUAAUCAAAUCUCCCAGGCUCAAGAAAAUGAUAAUUCAACCUAAUGUUCAAUUCUGCGAUGAAACAAAAGGGUUUAUGAUAUUGAAAGAGCUUAUACGAUUACCACGGCCAUCAACAUCUGCAGAGAUCAUCUAUGGAUAGGUACCGAUAUGACGAGUUCAGAGAAUGUGCUAAUGAAAAAUGAUCGAUAACUUUGUAUAUUAUAGUUAUUUCCCAAAGGCAGCUGCGCUGCAUGUUGUAAUGUCCUUAGGACUUUCUUUUGAUAUUCUCGAGUUGUGUUUUUCUAAUUUGGGUGAACAACCCAAAUUUAAGUCAAACUUAGUGUUCUUAGCUGCCCCAUUCAGUUGUAAAAAACACAUCAAAUUACAAAAUUUGUCAGUCAACAACUAGUUUUCUAGUUAUUUUCUUGUGUGGCUGUCCACUCCGAAAUUUAUUGAGAGGAG